AUGAGCCUCUCCAUCCUCACUACGAGUGAUUGCUUCACAUGUCCAGGAUUGCCAGUCUCCUCGUUAACGCGACUCAUGGAAUAUCUUCGCCAUCCUGUGCUUCUGAUUUUUGCUGCGACAGCUCUGGCCUGCUUGUUGCUUCUGCUCUUCUUCGCCUGCCUCCGGCGGAGGGCAGUCAAGCAGCUCGACCCCAGUUUCUUUGGAAGUCAGGAAAGAGCAUUGGUCAGCGCAACCGAUACUGGCGACGAGUGUCCCCAGCUGCUGCAGCAACAACAACCACGUCAAAUCGACACCAACGGUCUAAUCAAGCCAAAGUUGGUGUUCACUAACGACUCGCUUAAAUUGGCUGGUCUCCCAGCUGACCUGCGCCACUCCAGGCACUUAGAAACGCUUGCCUUGCCGGUUGGCCCAUUCGACGACUCUUCCGACACCCUGUUGACUGAUCACAAGCCAAAGGUUGUUAUGCCUUAA